AUGGAAAAAUUGAUUCUCAAUCCCAAAUCCAAUGUUAAACAUAGUGAUGACUUAAAAUAUGACAGCCUACAAUUUAAAUUCAGGACGAAUCAGAAGGAAUAUGUUCACAUCGAUUUUGGCAAUGAAUUAGGAUCUGUGAGUGAAG